GAACUUUAUCCUUCCCUUAUACGUCAUCUUAUUUCACUUGUGCAACCUCACUUCAGUCUUUCAAAUUCUCCCACCUUGUAAGACAGUCUUCUACCUUCUCCUACCUUGCAAGAUGCCUUCUUUCUUCUUCUCACCCAUCAUGGCUCCAACCUCAACCCCUCUCGCCAUCGAAAAGGCUCGCUCGGCAACGCCUCCAGGCAACAAGAAGACAAAGAUGUCGACCAUGGACACCAACAAGAUCCUCAAGGCAAGCAAGAUGACCACCAAGAACAUCAAGACGACGAAAGGCUGGCGUGGGCCCAGUCUGCGCGUCGUCUCCCCAAGGAGCAAAGCCUCCAAAGCAAGCCUGCCGCCUGUUCAAGGCCACCUCAGACGCCGUGAUUGCUAACAAAUAGAUGCAGUACAAUCGCCGCACAGGCCAGUUCACGAAAACCAUCACAAUCCGCAGCGACUUCCCCAUCGUCUUCCAACCCAUCACACUCAGCCACGGCUCGGAACAUCGUCAUAUCAUCGACGUGAAGCGCGCCCCAGCCUUCCGCAUCCAAGACCUCCCCCCAGAACUGCGCAACAACAUCUACCGCUUCGUGCUGCAAGAAGACGGGCCCGUCCGCAUCGAAGCCUACAAGAACUCCGAAGAGCGCCGCGCACGCCGCCCCGUCCGCGAGUCGUUCGUCAACCAAAUGUCUACGAUCGGAGGCAGACGCUACAUCGACCACUACGGCCAGGUUCCGAGCGACUACAGCCUUCUGCGCGUCAACAAGCAAUUCAACGCCGAAGCCAGCCCGAUCGCGUACAGCCACACCUUCGAAUUCGGGCGCAUUGCCAUCAUGGGCCUCUUCCUCGAGUCGAUCGGAGAGCAAAGCAGGUACGUAAAGAACAUCUCCCUCCCCAACCCAGGCGGCUGGUCACCGGGCGACGGGCGGAAGCAUUUCGGGCUGUUGAUGGGGGCUUCGGGGCUGCGGAAGUUGGUGGUAGAGGUGGACACUAUCAGUCGUGGAUCCGGGCGGGCGCACAACAAGGUGUCGGUGGGGAAUUUCGUGUCGGCCAUCAUGCCGCUCAUGAAGAAGUUGCAUCGCGAGCGGAAGGGGUUUUCGGGGGCCGAGAGCGUGCUGGAGAUUGUGAAGGUGACGGGGAGGAGGGUUUUUUGCGGGCAUGGCGGGUUCAAGUGCAAGAAUGAGACGGAGGAAUGCGGGAAUUGCGUGCAGGGGCGGGAGAGCGCGGUGGUGUUGGACGGGAUGGUGCGCAAGAUGCUCGCCAAAGCGCUGAAGAUCUGAGGAAGCGGAAGAGGGACAGUGAAGUUUAGGCGGUAGGCAGCAUCUCGACAAUGCAAACCAGCCAGCCCACUGGAUGGAAUCAAUGUUGCACGGCCAAAGCGAUGAGAAUAUCGCUGAGAAGGUCACUAUAGCCAGCAGGCUUGCCACGUCAUGCCUGGCCGAUCUCCGUAGUACUCUUCCCAUCGGAACUGGGUUGUGAAUCAUCCAGCAGCCUUUGCAUGUUGAGAUGAGGUGGAGAUAUGCCGCCUGACGUCUGGUGCGGGUCUGGAGAGCCGCAUCCAAACUAGGAAGGAACCGCAGCAGUCUGGCUGAUCUCCGCCACGAUCUUGCUGGCGAGGGCAGGUUAGCGUUUUCCGCUACGCUGGAGGAGUCGCAGAGACAGCUGAGAUCGAGCAAUCCCGCCGCGUACCGUAGCCGGCGCAUCUCCGUGACAAACUCAUCAGCGAAGGGCCGGAGAUCAUUCCCCACGCCGUGGAAGGAAUGAGCAGAUCAAGCGAG